UUGAGAGUCAAGAUGGCUUCGCCCGGCUGCUUGUGGCUCUUGGCAGUCGCUCUCCUGCCCGCGUUCUGCGCGGCUUGGGCUCGGGGGCAUCGCAGCCCGCCGACGCCGCUGCCGCUGGUGAUCUGGCACGGGAUGGGAGACAGCUGUUGUAAUCCCUUAAGCAUGGGUGCUGUUAAAAAAAUGGUGGAGAAGGAAAUACCUGGAAUUUAUGUCUUGUCGCUGGAGAUUGGGAAGACACUGAUAGAGGAUGUGGAGAACAGCUUCUUCUUGAAUGUCAACUCCCAGGUGUCAACAGUGUGCCAGACACUCGCCAACGAUCCCAAAUUGCAGGAAGGCUACAACGCUAUGGGCUUCUCCCAGGGAGGCCAGUUUCUGAGGGCUGUGGCUCAGAGAUGCCCAUCACCUCCCAUGUUCAAUCUUAUUUCCAUUGGGGGACAACAUCAAGGUGUUUUUGGCUUCCCUCGAUGCCCAGGAGAGAGCUCUCAUGUCUGUGAUUGGAUCAGGAAAACCUUGAAUGUUGGGGCAUACUCCAAAGCCAUUCAAGAACGCCUGGUGCAAGCAGAGUACUGGCACGACCCCAUAAAGGAGGACGAGUACCGCAACCACAGCAUCUUCUUGGCGGACAUAAAUCAGGAGAGGGGCGUCAAUGAGGCCUACAAGAAAAACCUGAUGGCCUUGAAGAAGUUUGUGAUGGUGAAAUUCCUCAAUGAUUCCGUUGUGGACCCUGUGGAUUCGGAGUGGUUUGGAUUUUACAGAAGUGGCCAAGCCAAGGAAAGCAUCCCCCUGCAGAAGACCACUUUGUACACAGAGGACCGCCUGGGGCUACAGGAAAUGGACAAAGCAGGGAAGCUAAUCUUCCUGGCUACAAAAGGGGACCAUCUACAACUCUCUGAAGAAUGGUUUGAUGCCCACAUCAUCCCCUUCCUUAAAUGAUCCUCAUGCACUUCGCACUGGUGCUUUACAGGAGCCCUCUCUAUUUCCCAACAGGGAGGGAGAGUUUCCUUCAUGCCCAAGCCUGGCAUUAGAUCACGCCUGCAACUAAUCCUUUUCUCCUGUCAUCAUGUAACAUGCCCUCCUUGGAAAGAUCCAAGAUCCCAAUCUUAUCCUUUGCCUCAUCCUAUCACCAGAUGGUGUUGAAUGCAAGUUUAAUUAGCUAACAGCCAGAGAUUGUCUUACAGCCCUUUGAUGUGGUCAAGCUCAGGAAAGGGAGUCUGCUGCAGCCAGUGCCAGAGGUGCGCCCAGGCUCAGAGGAGAGUGAACCACAGCAGGGAGAUGGCUCCUAAACAGAUACCUUUUCUAGGGCCGUUAGAAAGUCUGUUCACAUUUCAAACCAGGGGGGCGAUGCACUGCCCAGGCCCCAGUCAUAUAAAUGCCGUUUUGUUGUUUGAGAUGUCACCCAUGCUUGGAAAUGUCUUAUGUGAAUAAUACAACACUCAGGCGGCUUGCUUAAGGGAAGAAACAUGUUUCUUGCUGCUAAGGGGGAAGGGGAAAAGUGAAGAACGAGGAAGUGGAGGCCCUCUCCCUUCCAUCCUAGACCAGGCCUGUCCUCGGCUUCUUUGUGACGAGUGGUCUGGAUUCCAUUGUCUGGCUGGUUUGGGCAGAGGAUGGGAGGGGAGACGCAGAGCUCGGGCUUUCUAACUUCAUCCCCCAAAUCAGUUAGCAGCGCGCUAAACUGCUUCCCUGUCUGCUGUGGGAAGAGAUGGUCGGUUCAAAACAAGCCGGGGAAAUGCUGCAGUACCCUUCUCGAGACCAACCCUCGCUAGAACAUUAAGGACUCCAAGAACUCCUGCUCAUUAAUGAAAGUGAGCCUCGGUCUAUCGUUCCCUCAUUCAAAACAACUUAGUACCCCUCUCCCCCUUACCACCCUUAUCCGCACACUCUGGCGACUGUUCUUCAGGAUGUCAGUGUGGGAAGAAUGACUUGCUCUGCAUUGAUGGAUGCCUCUUGUUAAUGCUGGGAAGUUUACCCCUUUCAAGCUUUAUUCUUCAGCUCUCCUGCAGCCCCCGCCUUCCCCCCCCCCCAAGAAAAAUGCUAUGAAGGGCAAGAGGUAGAGGAACCAGGUGAAGCCAUUCGUCUUAUGAGGUUGUCUGUGAUAAAGAGUAGUUUCUUAACCGUGGUGUCACUUUCCUCCUCGCUACUUUAUGUCUGUAUCCAACUAGUAUCAUAGGUAAACAAUAAAGCAAGUUUGGUAUUAACUUUA